ACAGCACGUCGGCUACCUCUGUCCGCGCAUGCGCCCCUCUCUCGGCUUCUUCGGCUGAACCGGAAAUAAUUGGUUGGCAUUAGCAACGUCUCGGCCGAUCCAGGCCUGAAUACAGAGAUAGCAGAAGAAACAGAAACAGACAGACAGAAAACACACUGAAGAACAGGCAAACAAUCCUGUUGAGCCUCAUACUGAGAUUGUGAGGCAAGAGACUAUAACAGAAUGACCAGCUCCUCCACCCCUAGAAUGCACACGUACAAGAGGACCUCCAGCCCUCGAUCACCAACGAAUACAGGAGAGCCUUUCACACCAGCACAUGAAGAAAAUGUGCGCUUCAUCCACGACACUUGGCUUUGUGUUUUGAGAGACAUUAAAUCCCCACAAAACAGUGAACGUAAUGAUCGUGGACCACAGGAGUAUGUGGAGAAAAACCCAAAUCCCAACCUACAUUCUUUUAUACCGGUGGACCUGAGUGACCUUAAGAAGCGGAACACACAAGACUCCAAGAAGUCUUAAACCGCUCCCUCUCUUUCUAAACCAGCAGUUUUGUCCUCCCUUUCACAUUUGGGACCUUUUUACUCUAUCAGUCUUCUGUCGGCCAACAAAGAUCCACAAGCUGGGAGAUCUGGCCACUUUAGUCCAGAAAGCUUCUCUUUUCUCUGCCUCUUGGACCUGUGGUCUGGACUUACAGGCUGACAUCUAUUUAUGCGUUACAUUUUACACAAGAGUGGCCAUUCCCUGUUUUUCAUGUUUUUUUUGUUUUUUUUUAAUUAAAGACCUGUUUCAGGGUUUUUUUCCAUACUCCUUGGGUUUAAAUUCCAUGUGCAUUUUUUUUUUUUUUUUUUUUUUGAUGUGGAGAUGAGAAAUGAGAAAGGCAAAGAACAGUGAUGCUUAAACUGUUGGACAUGACUCUUCACAAACUGUCUCAAAACGAGACGCGGUCCUGGAAUACACUCCUUUUUCGAAACAUGUUGAUCACCUGAUGGGGAGCAAGUCGACUGACUGUUCAGUUAGUUUCAUAGAUUGAUUGAUUCGGUAGAAGAAUUAAGCGAGUUUUGUCUGAUUGGCUCGGCAAAUAUUUUUAGUAAACGUACCUCCAUUUUUAACUAUGACUUGAUACCUUCAAAACCUUUAAGUAGACUUUUCCACAUCUUUCGUUCCCAGCCUUUAAAAUAGAAUUAAAAUAAAGAUUACUUUUCUGUUA